AUGUCGUUUGUGUUUACACUCAUUGUAGUAACACUUUCAUGGGAAAUGAAAGAAGUUGAAUACCCCGAAGAAUAUGACCGCAACGCAAGUGACUUAAUUCGGGUUCACACGACCCAUUAUAAUGCACUUUAUCAACAGAAAGUGGCUUUAUUCUUAAUUAGAACGACUGCCGAUAGACUUCAACAUGCUGUUGACAUCAGGAAGACGUGGUGUGACUCUGAGGUGCAAAGAGUGUUUCAUGUGAGAUGUCUCUUUUAUUAUGUCGACUCAUCUGUCGACAAAUCCCUUCAAAAAGAUACAAUAAUGAUGAUGAAUGAUACUCACAACGACAUCAGGUUUAUUAGUCUUCCCAAUAAGACCGAAAAUUGGUCGACCAUUUACCACAACAACGUGAUGAUACUCUCUGAUGCUUUAACUACUUUUCCUGGAUAUCAGUACUAUGCUAUUGUGGAUGAUGAAGAUUAUAUUAACGUUGAAGUCUUAGUUGACUACUUAAGCUCAUUGGUACCAGAGAAUGUCGUCUUAGGAAAAGUGUACGAACAUCAACCAUACAAAAAUGUGACAGACAAAUAUUAUGAUGAGAUGGCGACACACAAAAUGUAUUACCCAUUCACUUGCAACUCAAUUUUAUUGUACUCAAGCGACCUUGCUCAUUUCAUGGGAAGUGUUUAUCACUACAUACACCAACCUCCUUCAAGCCUCGCCGAUACCGCAUUUGGCUUUUUGGUCUACAAGUAUUACGCAAUCACUGGCAAUCCAGUCCACUUCCAUUUCCCAUUAGACUUCGACUCAUUCAUCAUCCAUAGAAAAACACCAAGGUAUCAGCUCGACCAUGCAAGAGCCUUUAUGAAAGGAUCGUACAGGUCUCUUGGCGUGAAAUUGACUCAUUGA